UUUCUCUUCUUUAAAAGUGGCGGCGCCGAGUUACUGUUCAAUAGAGUAAAGGAACAUGACGUGGUCUUACAGAAGGAUGGAAAGCCAUGUGAGUGUUAGAUUAUCGUUAUUUAUUUCUGUUAAGAGCUUAUUUUCCGAAGAAUUUAGCGGUUCACUUAAGCCUUUCCGCUAAAAGCCUUAAUCGGCAUACAGAUGUUAAUAAAAUUACUUAAGAUGAAAAUACUUUGUUGCAAGUCUCUCAUCAAUCAAAAAAUACGCACCCACUUUUUUUGGUCUUUUUUUCAACAGGGAAUAUUAAAAGAUUACUAGCAUGGAUCAAAGACAACUUGCUUAAGGAAAGACCAGAACUGUUCGUUCAAGGAGAAUCAGUGUAUGAAUCACUGUCUAUUGUUAAUGAAAUAUUGCAUGUAAAAUGCCUUCCUGGAUUAAUCUAGCUAGAUUAACAACUUAUUAAUAAUUAUUUUAUUACUCCUUUACUGCUGAAUGGGAUCAACAUCAGACAAUUAAAGUACUUUUGUUGCAUUAUGGUUAUCUCAAGUUGAAUAAAAGGAUGACAGCUGUAGUGGUUGGUACUCACAGACAGCCUCAGAAGUCAUUUGAGUGAUAUUUUGAAUAAAAGUAGACUAAUGAAAUACUCAGAAAUAGUUGUGUUUUUUCCUUAAUUUUCAGACGGCCUGGUAUACUAGUACUGAUAAAUGAGGCAGACUGGGAAUUAAUGGUAGGGACAUGGGUAGAUUUUUUACAAAAACAGCACAAAAUACAUCAUUCUUUGGUCUCCUUGAUAGCUGAUGCUUUUUGCUUUCUGUUAAUUGGAGAAUUUUCCCUAAGCUUGUAGAUUUUGAGGUUUAAGAGCCAAUUGAGAUGAGCAUCAAGUAAGAUAAAUGAACUUUUUCUGCAUAAAUAAAUCAGAGUUGGUUUCAACAGAAAAAUUUUCCUUCCUAAACUCAUUACAUUCCCUGUGAUAUCUGUUGAUUAUUUUUUUUACUGAAAAUCAAGAAAAUUUUCUUUCCUCUUUAUCUCGGUUUUUAGGGAGUUUUUCUUUAUCAAGAGCACACAUGAACAUGGCAGACAUACAUUAAAGCACAGGGUUUUACAUUAAUGCUUUCUUCAAAUUAUAUAAACUAAUUUCAAUGUUGAAAAUUUACUCUGCUCUGCAUCACCCAGUUUCUGCUCAAACAUGCAGAGCAAUUGCUUAGGUGUCAAGCACUUAUUCCUUUUAACUGCAAUGCAUUCCUCUCCUUUGAUUACUUCACAGGGUGAACUGGACUAUGAGUUGCAAGAAAAUGAUAACAUUGUUUUUAUUUCUACUCUCCAUGGUGGAUAAGACUGCAUAACUUUAUAGAACAUUUUAAUGGACUAAGGAUCAGAUAGAUGUUGACAUUGGCUUGUAUUCCAUGGGCUCAUGAUCAAGGUUCAAGCAAGAGGAACAUGAAGGUCUUAAAAAAUCCUUAGGAUUUGGAAAGUUUCAAUCAAGAUGGGAAAAUCAUCCUGCAAUAAUCUGAGUUUCAUGGAAAUGGCAACCAGUUGCAGAGGUUCAAAUCUACUUUACAAGAACAAUGGAAAUAUACGUGCUAGACACUGUGUAAAGACAACAAUAACAUCUGUGAAAUUAGCCUGUAUGUUUACCUAAAAAGGAACACUAAUCAAGACAUAUUUGGGUGUACCCAAGGGCUUUCAAUGAUAAAAUAGACAUAGUUUUAUGAUGAUUUUCACACUCAAUUUAGACAUUAGAUAUGCAAGUUAUAAGCAAAAGCAUUUGAAAAGUAUGUGAAAAUGUUGUCCCCUUCACACAAUAUUGCACACUUUUUACUAAUUCUUGAAGCCUCUCUGAAGAAAAUGUACUCUGAUGCAUGCACUUUAGAGCCUCAAUGGUGAUUUGUGACUGAACAUGGACAAACCAUGAUUUCACUCCUAUCAUGGAGUGCUAAGUAGCAAUACCAGAGGUCACACUGGCAAAAAUUGAAGAUGUGGUUACUAAGAUAUUCUUGUACAAAGGUUUCCUCAGUCAUCAUACAUUUAGAGGUAAAGAAUAUUGUCAGCCAGGAGACACUAAUCUAGCCAUGAAGUUUAAAUGAUUUCAUUCUGCAAAGGUUCAAAGUCUAUUCAUAAAUACCCUGUUCAGUCAAUAAGAAUCAUGAUAACUACAUCAUAUUCAGAGAUAAAAUCAUGAAUACAAAUGAGUGGCAGACCAGUAGCCUUACCUGAAUCUCUUACUAUAGUGAAUUUAUCAUGAGCCAAUCAAUUCAGGUAAACAUGAUUACUAAGCAUUGGUCCAUGUGGUGGAUUGAAGGUAGAUAAUUGCCCUGGAUGAAAAACUCCAUCCCAAGAUUCUCUCUUCAAUCCACCAGAAGGUUCUGUCUCCAGGGAGGAAAAAAGUUUUCUCUCUCAUCGUGUGUUAGUGAGUAAAGGCCACUUUUGCUCUGGAGGAGACAUCCCAAGUGAAAAAAAAAUAACUUUGAGGGGAAAUUUUCACUUUGCAAACUUUGACUCUAUGGUCAAUCUAUCAAAAAUACCCAUUAUUUAACAGUAGCUGACCAUAACACCUGAAAAACAGCCACGGUUUGACAUUCCGCCUACAUUUCCAUUACAACCUAAGUAAAGCUGGGUCAUAGCUAUCUCAAGCUUCUUGACACCUCUGUAAAAAAUUUUGAGAUCAGAGAAAUUUCUCUUGCUGGAGAUGGAGACUUCUGGCCUGAAAUGAAGGCAUAUCUGUUAUAAUUCCCAAAAAUACCCAUAACAUGACAAGUGGCUUGUAGUAAA